AGUGGCCCGGUGGGGCGCUGCUGACCCUCGGCAGGGAAGGGCGGCCUUCGUCUUGCGACCCGGGCCGGAGACUGGCUGCACUUCAGCCCGAUCCACGGGACUAUAUUCAGGACCUUGGAAGCACUGCCAAUAUGUCUGAUGUUCAAGAAGCCACUAACCAGCUCCAGGAUGUGAACCUUCAUGAGAACCAGAGGUCUAUACAAGUGACAGAAAGUGACCUCAGAAGUGAGUCUGAACAUCUCCAAGUCACUAUUGGAGCCACCGUGCCUACUGGUUUUGAGCAAACAGCUGCAGAUGAAGUGAGAGAGAAAUUGGGGUCAUCGUGCAAAAUCAGCAAAGACCGGGGCAAGAUAUAUUUUGACAUUUCAGUGGAAAGUCUGGCUCAGGUUCACUGUCUGAGAUCAGUUGAUAACUUAUUUGUGGUUGUUCAGGAGUUUAAGGAUUACCAGUUCAAAGAAACAAAGGAGGAAGUUCUAAAGGAUUUUGAGGACUUGGCUGGGAAGCUUCCAUGGUCAGACCCUUUAAAAAUAUGGAAAAUUAACACAUGUUUCAAGAAAAAAAAAACAAAGCACAAAAAGAUAAAUCAGAAUUCAAGUAAAGAGAAGAUUGAAAGUGGACAAGGAGACAAAACAGAUGAGAGAGAUGUCAAAAAAGAGUUCACUAACAAUGUCUUAGAUUCACAGAUCUUAGACUAUUAUGAAAAUUCAGCCAUCAAAGAAGAGAUAUCAACAUUAGUAGGUGAUGAUUUGACAUCUUGCAAAGAUGAGACUGAGGAAAGCUCAAAAGAAGAAACUGAUCCUGAAGUGCUGAAGUUUAGAGUCACAUGCAACAGGGCAGGAGAGAAACAUUGCUUUUCCUCAAAUGAGGCGGCAAGAGAUUUUGGGGGUGCUGUUCAAGAUUAUUUUAAGUGGAAGGCUGACAUGACCAACUUUGAUGUGGAGGUUCUUUUGAAUAUCCAUGAUAAUGAAAUUGUUGUGGGCAUUGCAUUGACAGAAGAGAGUCUCCACCGAAGAAACAUCACACAUUUUGGACCCACAACUCUUAGAUCUACUCUUGCCUAUGGGAUGCUCAGGCUCUGUGCUCCUCAGCCUACUGAUAUAAUAGUUGAUCCGAUGUGUGGAACAGGAGCAAUAUCAAUUGAGGGGGCUACAGAAUGGUCUAACUGUUAUCACAUUGCUGGUGAUAAUAAUCCGUUGGCUGUGAAUAGAGCAGCAAAUAACAUCUCAUCUUUAUUGACCAAGAGCCAAGUGAAAGAAGGCAAACUGUCCUGGGGCUUGCCCAUAGAUACUAUUCAGUGGGAUAUCUGCAACUUGCCACUAAGAACUGGCUCUGUGGACAUUAUUGUAACAGACAUGCCAUUUGGAAAAAGGAUGGGCUCCAAGAAGAGAAACUGGAACCUUUAUCCAGCUUGCCUACGGGAGAUGAGCCGUGUCUGUAGGCCAGGGACAGGCCAAGCUGUACUACUGACCCAGGACAAGAAAUGCUUUAUCAAGGCAUUAUCUAGAAUGGGACACCUAUGGCGGAAGGUACAUACCGUCUGGGUCAACAUAGGGGGUCUUCAUGCUGCAGUUUAUCUUCUGAAACGUACACCUCAAACUUUUGUUCAUCCUUCAGAACAAGAUGGAGAAAGAUCUCCUUGGUGAUGCAAAGACUGAAGGUGAUUAGUAGUUCUGCCAGUGCUUCCUGACAGUGGACAUGUCAGCAUGAAGAACUUGCUUUGAGAGAAAAAUAGUAUUAAUAAAAGUGAAGUUUGGUGUAAAUCUCUUCACCCUAGAUAGCAAAAGGUGUGAAUAAAAUGGAACAAGUCUUAAGAGAAAGCAGAGCUUUUCUUUGGAGCUGUUGUAGUUGGGCAAUUAGUACUUUUCUUAAAAUGCUUUAAAGAUGCUAAGCCUACUAAAAUACUCUGGGAUUUGGGUUUAGAACAUUUUAUUUUCAGGCUUUUUAGCAGUUUCUGUUUUCCACUGUAGCAGGUGGAAAGCUACCCUGGCCUAAGGGAAAGGCAGAGAGCAUAAACAGAUCAUGAGGUUACAUUUCAUUGCCUCUGCAGCUUUGUUAUUUAGUUGUUCAGGUUCUUCACCUCAACUUUAAAAAAUGAAGCAUUAUUUUACACUUUGUAAAAUAGUGUUUGCCCUAUGACAAGAUGAAAUCUCACAAGACCUACAGAAAAGUUUACUAUCUGCUUUAAAAAUUACAAUAUUCAUCCGUUAUUCAGAUUAAUAGAAAUAGACAUUUCUAUUUGUAAACAGCAGGGAUUACACUGGUAGAUGAAGUAUGGGACCAACAAGCCAUAUUUAAAUAAAUUUUUCUUUCAGUACACAAAGGUGGUGAUGCUUUUCAAAGUCAAACAUAAACCUGUCAAAGUAUUUCUGUUGGCUUCUCUAAAGGACUAGAGAACAAACUGUAUAUAUCUUUGAAUUAAAAACUUUGUGCAAGUUC